AUGGUGGAUUGCAUGCUAAUAGCGAUUCCGGUUGAUCUACUAGUGAUGUUGUUGAGUAUAACAACUUCAUCACUUGGAGUAGCCAUUCUAACAAGCCAGAACAUGGCUAUUGCAUUGCUUUUGUUUAUAAUCGGAGGUUUUAUAAGUGGUGGUUUAUUGGUUAUUCAGAUGUUGUUCAGGCUGAACUUAACCCCUAUAUUUUUCAUCUUUCAAUUAGUGGCCUACAUUUUUCAGAUUGUCACAGGUAUCAUAUUCUGCAUUAACAUUAUUCAUAAUCAUUUUGAUUUUUCAAAAGGAUUCAGCGGCUGGGAGGUAGCAGUGCCGACAUUAUUUAUUAUAGAUGUAUUUUUCAUGGCGAUUUCCAUAACUUUACUUUUCGUUGUAUUUUUACAAAGUGGUCCUGAUGAAAUUGAAGACGUCGACUUGGAGAAAGAUACGGUUUCUCUGUGUGAUACUUCUUGUGAUUCCCCAACCAAUGGAAAAUAUCCUAUUCAAAAAGAUAACUCGUCGCAAAAUUUAAAUGUCACGCAAUAUCAACAAGUAUCGAAAAAGAUCUCGGAUCAAACUUUGGUUGAAGGGCCAAUGUAUGAUACUGUGGUUAAGAAUACAAUAAAUAAGACUAAAUCCAAUGCCGACAAUGACGUAGCAUAUAUCAUGAACUACACUCCAACUGGCGAGGCAUCAGAUUAUCUGUACUAUACGAACAAGAAUUGGAUGGAUUCCAAUGCAAACUUACAUUCAAUAAAGCUUUCAACCGAUUUAACUCAUAUUCCCACCCCUGAAACACCGACAAAAUCAUUUUCCAAAAAAACAAAUUUUGGCUUAUUCAGGAUGAAUACAAGGGCAGUGGAUUCAAGUAACAAACUUGCGAACGAGAAUCCAAAGACUCCCGAUUUGAAACAGUCAAGGAGCGUUCCAAACUUUAUAAAGACGACCAACCUUGAUAAUAAUAUAAACAUCAAUAAUAAGAAAUCUAGAUUUGAAGCUAUUCCAGAUUUGAACCAUUCUGAUAUAAAUAAAUUGAAUCAGAACUGUGCUCACGCCAUAGUCCCAGUUAAUUACGCCUAUGACCAAAGUGCUGGUAUUAACACUUAUGAAUCGAGUACUAACAAGUACAGGCGGGUUUCGUUGAUAGAGUCCAACUGUAAUGAUAUUCCCCAAGCGGAACAUAAUAUUAAGGUUGAUGGUAAUAAAAAUCUCGUAAAGAGAUCUAAAUCAGCUAGCUAUAUCGGCGGUGAUAAGUCUAGGAAGUCAAAUGUGGAACAAAGACGAAAGUCAAUACAUGAUGAAAAAAUAUUUCUUCGAAAUGUUAAUGAAUCCUUGUUACCAGCAGUUUUAAGAAGUGGUGAAAGUCCUAUUAUGGAAUUAAGAAGACAACAAGAAAUACUGGGUAAACAGACUGAAGAACAGAUUAAGAGUCCUCUUAGUCAAAAAGGUAGCCCUAAACAUUCCUCCAACUUACAAAGAGAUAUUGGAUCAGAUUUGAGUCCUGUGGGUGAGGCUGAUCUGAGUGAGGCUGAAAAAUCCAACAUUGGAGAAAUGACAGAAGCUGAUGAUAGUUCAGGUUAUUUGAACUUACCUUUCAUAUCUGAAUUUGAUGAGCCUAUAGACCAGGAUAAAUUUAAGGGUUUCGACCAAGAUACAGCAAUUGUUGAAGAAGAACCUUCUGAAAUCUUCAAAAAGACUCCGAAGAAAAAGGGUACCUAUCAAUUUAACGAUAUUAAUUUUGAAAAGCAAACCUUUGCUCAAUCGGGUCAACAAAAAGUAGAAGAACAGUUACCUGAAGAUUACUAUAAAGCCCUUAAUGGUCUAGAGAAAAUUCCAAAAUCUAGUUCAACUUCGAAUAUUAUGUGGAAGCAGGAGGGAAAAGAAAACGGGGCUUCAAGUUCUAUGAACCAUAUUUCCUUGAAGGAUUGGGAUAGUAAUUCAAUAAAAUGGAAUGAACAUAGAACUAGAUCUGGUGCAAACUUGAAUAUUGCUGGUAUCACAAGGUUAGUAAGUGAUCACCAUUUGAAAUCUAUGAGCACCGACAGUAAUUCAGUAAUACCUACUGAUAUGGAUUUAUUACCACCCUUAAAAUAUCGCCUAGAUAAUAUCGACAACUUGAGUGAGCUACAUAGUGCUACAGGUAGCGCUAAAGAAGUAGAGCAUAACCAUUCAUUUACUUCUUUGAAUAGGUCUUCGAGUGCUCCGUCAUUACACACAUAUAGAGAGCCAUAUCCCGGAUUAGACUGUGGGUAUAGUGAUUCACAAGAAUCAAAGAGUUUGUCCAUCAAAUCUCUGGAAAACACAUUACGUCACAUUAACACACCCCCAGAACCUAACAUUGCUUCAACUGCAAGCUCUUCUCCAAUUAAGAAGUUUUUUCAAGAGAGUCCGAAACGUCUAAAUGUCAUUUUUAAACGAAAGCCAAACACUAGGUAUAGUGUCGACUUGAGUUCAUUGAAAGAUCCCAAUAUUAAUUCCUACCACAAGCAUACAAGUUCUGUGGUGUCGAACCAGUUUUCCAUGUACUCCAGUAAAUCGUCCAAAUCGAGUUCCCCCAAAAAAUCCUUCAAGGCCUUCCUUAGAUCGCCUAGCAAGUUUCAGACACCAAGCCCCAUAGAACCUUCUCUUGCAGAAUCUUCAAAAGUGGCAUCCCAAAAUAAUUUGUUUAACACUAAUGAUGAUGGAUGUCUGAUAUAUGCUAAUGAAAACGCAUUGAGUUUCUGGGAUUUGGAUACUGCCCAUAGUUCAGAUCGAUCUAGAGUUAGUUCUGUUCCAAGUGCCGUAAUAGGGGAGUACGACAGAGAAAAAUGGAGAACUUUAAAAGCAUUGCAAAACCAAGAAAGAGUUGAAACUUAA